CUCCCCUUCCUCGAGGAAACGUGCGUCUGAGCAACGGGAAAACGCAUAUUCUCAUUGUUUUGCUACUUUUUGCUAUUAUUUUCCCUCUCAACAGUUUAGGGAACAUACGAAUCUAUUCUUCUAAACAGUGUUAACCAAGAAAUGUUGACAUCAAAAAUCUUUGUUAAGAAGACAAAGAGAGGAGGGGUGAUGAAGGUGGUGCGAGAGCACUACCUCAGAGAUGAUAUAACCUGCGGCUCGAAACUGUGUUGUAUUUGCGAACAUACGACAUCAAAACAGCCGUUGGAAGAAUCACCAUUUAGCCGCAGCAGUCUGUGCCCUCGUGCUCAUUAUCUUUUGCCCGACACUAAUGUUGUUCUUCACCAGAUUGAUGUCAUCGAAGAUCCAGUGGUCACAAAUGUAAUUAUACUUCAGACUGUUUUGGAUGAGGUCAGGCAUAGAAGUAUUCCAGCUUAUAAGAGGCUGAAAGAUAUGCUGGCAAACCCAGACAAACAUUUCUACACUUUCUGCAAUGAGUUCAACAAAAACACUUAUAUUGAACGAGAACCAGGUGAAUCUGUCAACAAUCGCAAUGAUCGGGCCAUACGUCAAGCAGCAAAUUGGUACAGCCAACAUAUCAAGAGUGUGAACAUUGUUCUCAUCACUGAUGAUAAUGAAAACCGCAGCAAGGCAACCAAAAUGGGGCUGGAGGCUUAUACAGUUCAUGAAUACAUCAAGAGUCUGAAAGAUGCUGGUUCCCUUCUUGACCGUCUAGCCAAUCCUUUGUCCAGAAUUACAAUUCAAGGGGGCAAAGUACUUUUUCCAGAACACUUGCCUCUCUCUGAAAUACAGCGAGGAAUACGCUCAGGAAAGUACUUACAGGGCACCUUCUUUGCCAGUCGAGAAAAUUAUCUGGAGGCAAACAUCUCAGUAGAAAAUCGAGACAGCAUGGUAUUUAUUCAAGGGAUGAUUAACCUGAACCGCUCGGUGGAUGGUGAUAUAGUUGCCAUAGAGAUGUUACCAGAAGAGAAAUGGAGCUGUCCUUCAUCGCUCGUUCUUGUGGACAGAGAAGAGCAGCAAACAGAAGAAGAUGACAUAGAUGAUAGUGAACGGGAAGUGAAAAAUCUAGUUCCAAAGGAACUUCGUCAACCAACUGGCAGAGUGAUUGGCAUCAUCAAGCGCAACUGGCGUCAGUAUUGUGGUGUCCUUCAACCUUCUCUUCUCAAAGAGAGCACACGCCAUCUCUUUGUGCCAGCUGAGAAGAAGAUCGCGAAGAUCCGUAUAGAAACUCGUCAGGCAGAAGGUCUCAGCAACAAACGCAUCAUUGUAGCCAUUGACAGCUGGCCUCGUACUUCCAGAUAUCCUCUGGGUCACUUUGUCCGUGAACUUGGCAGUGGGGAUAAAGAGACUGAGAAUGAAGUCCUGUUAUUGGAGCAUGACAUUCCUCACAGCAGUUUCUCCCAGGCUGUCCUCAGUUGCUUGCCUCAGGUGCCCUGGGGCAUUAACGAUGAGGAUCUACAGAAAAGGAUCGACCUUCGCCACCUUGAUAUCUGCAGUGUGGACCCUCCUGGUUGUACAGACAUUGAUGAUGCCCUGCACUGUCGGCGACUGGAAAAUGGCAACUUUGAGGUAGGUGUGCACAUAGCAGACGUAAGCCACUUCAUCCGGCCUAAUACAGCCUUGGACAAAGAGGCAGCUAGCAGAGGAACAACAGUGUACCUGUGUGAUCAGAGAAUAGACAUGGUGCCAGAGUUGUUGAGUUCUAACUUGUGCUCUCUUCGCAGCAAUGUUGAAAGAUUUGCCUUUUCUGUUAUAUGGGAAAUGAGUGAAAAUGCUAAGAUAUUGAAUACAAAGUAUAUGAAAAGCAUCAUAUUUUCACGGGCUUCAUUGACUUAUGCUGAAGCACAGAUGAUGAUUGAUGAUACCAGCCGACAGGAUACUGUGACUGUCAGCUUACGACACUUAAACAGACUUGCCAAAAUUCUGAAAAAGCAGCGCAUUCAGAAUGGUGCACUCUGCCUGGCAUCUACAGAAGUUCGCUUCUAUGUAGACAGUGAGACGCAUGACCCCAUCGAUGUGCAGGUGAAGGAACUUAGGGAAACAAAUUCCAUGGUGGAGGAGUUUAUGUUGCUUGCAAACAUCUCGGUGGCUGAGAAGAUCAAGUCGGAGUUUCCAAACUCUUCAUGUUUACGCCGCCAUCCUGCACCUCCUCCCUCUAAUUUUGAACCCCUUAUCAAGGCAGCAGCUUCUAAGAAUUUGAAGCUGGAUGCCUCCUCAGGCAAAGCCUUGUCAGACAGUCUUGAUAAGGCCAUCUUUCCUGAAAACCCAUUCUUCAACACCAUGUUACGCAUCAUGACCACCCGCUGCAUGAUGCAAGCUGUGUACUUCUGCAGUGGCAUGCUGCCAGAAGAGGAAUACCAGCAUUAUGGCUUGGCCACGCCCAUUUACACACAUUUCACAUCUCCUAUCAGAAGAUACUCAGACAUCAUUGUCCACAGACUGCUAGCUGUUUGCAUUGGAGCUGAUGCUUCCUACCCUGAGCUGCUUGACAAACACCGAACGCAGGUGUUGUGCAAUAAUCUCAACUAUCGCCACAAGAUGGCACAGUAUGCGGGUCGAGCUUCUGUCAACCUUCACACACAGCUGUUCUUUAAAACCCGUGUCCAGGAUGAAAACGGCUAUGUGCUUUUUGUGAAAAAAAAUGCACUGCAAGUUUUGAUACCGAAGUAUGGUCUGGAGGGCACUCUUUUUCUGAAUACACCUGAUAAAGGAGUUGGUAGCAUUUUUAAAUAUAAUGAAGAGGAAAAUACGCAGAGUGCAGGAGAAGUGGUGUUCCGCGUGUUUGAUCCCCUUACAGUUCAGCUGUCUAUUGACCGGUCUAAUGUGCAACACUUGAAGCUCUCUGUACGACUUGUCCACCCAUAUAUACCAGGAUUCAGUGUUCCACCAGCAAGAGAAGGCCAAACAACAGAGGGGACCGAACCACCUUCCAAAAAGAAAAAGGUGUGAGAAGGAAACGUGCCUGUCAGCUGUUUCUGAAAAAAUGUAAAUGAUGAUAAACUGUCAUGUAUACAUACAUUUAUAACAAAAAUAUAAUAAAGAUUUUGCUGUUGAAAACAA